CGCGCUCAAGACAGAACUCACAGCGUCUGCGCGGAAGGUCAAUCGGCGCAACAGACGCGGUGUAACCGACCCUCUCCGGACGGAUAGUCUACAGCAGCACGGUAACCUCAUACUGCUAUCUCGCAGAAGCGGGUCGUCGGGAGACAGCAUGAGUUCUGCGGGGCUGGAGAAGCUGCGGAUGACGGGCGCAGGCAGAGCGAUCGCCGCGCUAACGAGCGGAGGAGACGCGCAAGGUAUGAAUGCAGCGAUCCGCGCUGUGACCCGAAUGGGCAUCUAUGUGGGCGCCAAGGUGUAUCUGGUUUAUGAGGGUUAUCAGGGGCUGGUAGACGGAGGAGACAACAUUAAACUGGCCAACUGGCAAAGCGUCACCAAUAUAAUUCAGCUGGGAGGAACGGUGAUCGGCAGCGCGCGCUGUAAGGCCUUCACCACACGAGAGGGACGUUUAGCUGCUGCCUUUAACCUGGUCAAGCGUGGCAUCUCCAACCUGUGUGUGUGUGGAGGAGACGGCAGCCUCACCGGGGCCAACAUCUUCCGCUCUGAGUGGAGCGGACUCCUCGAUGAGCUGCUGAAGAAAGGUCGAAUCACAGCGGAAACGGCCAAGCAGCACGGACACCUGAACAUCGUGGGACUGGUGGGCUCCAUCGAUAAUGAUUUCUGUGGGACAGACAUGACCAUCGGCGCUGAUUCGGCCCUCAACCGCAUCACUGAGAUCAUCGACGCCAUCACCACCACAGCCACCAGUCAUCAGCGCACAUUCGUGCUGGAGGUCAUGGGUCGCCACUGCGGGUAUCUAGCGCUGGUUUCAGCUCUGGCGUCUGGAGCCGAUUGGCUCUUUAUCCCAGAAGCCCCUCCUGAGGACGGCUGGGAAGAGCUCAUGUGCGCUCGGCUGGGAGAGGUGAGACAUGGGGGCACAUGAGCGGAUUUAUCAAUGCCAUCAAUUAGCAUGUAAUUAAUUGGUCAUUGGUUAUUAGACCAAACCCUAACCAUUAUUUUUCUAAUGUGUAUGAAUGACUUGUAAUUGCUGCAGCUGGUGGUGUCGCGGCUGGGGUAUGACACACGGGUCACUGUUCUGGGUCACGUUCAGCGGGGCGGGACGCCUUCAGCCUUUGACAGAGUGCUGAGCAGUAAGAUGGGCGUCGAGGCCGUGGUGGCCCUGCUGGAGGCGGGCCCAGACACUCCCGCCUGUGUGAUCGGCCUAUCAGGAAACCAGGCUGUGCGUCUCCCGCUAAUAGAGGCAGUGGAGAUGACUAAAGAGGUUCAGAGGGCCAUGAAUGAAAAGCGUUUUGAAGAGGCCAUCCAGUUGCGGGGCAGGAGUUUUGAGAACAACUGGAACAUUUAUAAGUUGCUGGCCUAUCAGAAGCCAGCUGUGGUCCCGAGCCAGCACUCCAUUGCCAUCCUGAACGUGGGAGCUCCGGCCGCGGGCAUGAACGCUGCGAUGCGGUCGGCCGUGAGGGUCGGUCUGGCCACAGGACACCGGCUUUACAUCGUUAGCGAUGGCUUCGAGGGUCUGGCCAAUGGAGCGGUGAAUGAAGUGUCGUGGAAUCAGGUGGCCGGCUGGACAGGUCAGGGUGGCUCUCUGCUGGGAACUAAACGAACCCUCCCAAGCACCUGCAUGGAGAAACUAGUGGAAAAUCUCAACAAGUUCAGCAUCCAGUCACUGCUCGUCGUUGGUGGUUUUGAGGCGUAUGAGGGCAUCCUGGAGUUGGUUGAAGCAAGAGGACGCUAUGAUGAAUUAUGUAUUCCCAUGUGCAUCAUCCCUGCCACCAUCAGCAACAAUGUGCCAGGGACGGACUUCAGUCUGGGCAGCGAUACUGCGGUUAACGCAGCGAUGGCCAGCUGUGAUAAGAUCAAGCAGUCGGCCACAGGGACCAAGAGGAGGGUCUUUGUGGUGGAGACUAUGGGGGGAUACUGCGGUUAUCUGGCAACCACCACAGGCAUCGCUGUCGGUGCGGACGCCGCUUAUAUUUUUGAAGAUCCAUUCAACAUCCAUGACCUCAAGACCAAUGUGGAGCAUUUGACCGAGAAAAUGAAGAAGGACAUUCAGAGAGGUCUGGUGCUGAGGAAUGAGAAAUGUCAUGUGCACUACACCACUGAUUUCAUCCAUAAGCUCUACUCCGCCGAGGGGAAAGGCGUCUUCGACUGCAGGGUCAAUGUCCUGGGACACCUGCAGCAGGGUGGAGUACCAACACCCUUUGACAGAAACUAUGGCACUAAACUGGGCGUUCGAGCCGUGCAGUGGCUGACAGAGAAGAUGACCGACAGUUUUAGACAAGGUCGUGUGUUUGUGAACACCCCGGACACAGCCUGUGUGGUCGGCCUGUACAAGAAGGUUCUGACCUUCAGUCCCGUCACUGAGCUGAAGGACCAGACGGACUUUGAACACCGGAUGCCCAAGACGCAGUGGUGGCUGAACUUCAGACUCAUGCUGAAGAUGUUGGCCAAGUAUCAGACGCCCUUCAACGAGUACGUGACGGGAGAGAUCGAACACGUGACCCGCCGCUCUCUCAGCAUAGACACUGGGUUCUAAAACCACACACUGCUAGCGCCAUCCUUCUGCAAACACUCCAAACUGCCACUCCUCCGUUAAAACUGGUAAACGCCUGAUCCUUUAGUGAGUAAAGGAGGCUAAAACUCCAGAUUUGUGCCUAAACCUGAUACAUUCGAGUCCUGCAUUUGCACCAUGUUUACGCUGAACUCAUGCAGUGUCAAAACUAGAUCACUCCUGUUUGCAUGAUAGGACUAGGUGUUACGAUCCCAAUAUUCAGCACCAUAGAACAUUUUCCCUUCACUGUGAGCACUGUGAAAAUUGUAAAAUAUUAUUAUAACUUAAAGUAACUGUUUUCUAUGUGAAUAUGUGUUC